AUCCUUCACGAAUAGGGUUUCCUCGGGUUCUCGCCUCUUGUAUUCGAUUAUAUAAAGCUCUCCUCCCCUUCCAUUCUCUUCCACGAGGCAGAGUAGAGUUUAGGGUUUCUCGUGUUUUGAAUCGUGACUUGAAUAAAGUUUGCUCUGUUAUAUUUGCAAUCGCCAAAGUGGAGGGUGUCAAGUUUGAAGCUUCUUUUAUGUCUGAACGGGCCUCUCUCUAUUUGGGAUCGGUCGGGCUUCUUGGAGAGUACUGUCCUACGUCAAGAAAAAAGAUCAGACACUGCAUGCAUAUCGGGCCUUUUCGGGAUUUAACUCAUUGUCAGGGUUGCAAUUGGAUGCAGCCUUCCCCAUUGGCUAGCGACCAAUUGAGUAUUGAAGAAGGAAGUGAUCUGCUGAAAAACAAAAUUGCUGCAGUUCCAAUCAUAUUCAACUCAAACUUCUGUUCUCUCUAAUAGUAGCAUUUGUGUUCUGAGAAACAAAGAUGGCGCUGCAAAACAUUGGUGCUUCAAACAGUGAUGAUGCAUUCUACAGGUAUAAGAUGCCAAGAAUGAUAACCAAGAUUGAAGGUCGGGGAAAUGGCAUCAAGACCAAUAUCGUCAACAUGGUAGAUAUUGCCAAGGCUUUGGCAAGACCUGCUUCUUACACAACAAAGUACUUUGGUUGCGAGCUAGGAGCACAAUCCAAAUUUGAUGAGAAAACCGGUGUUUCCCUGGUGAAUGGGGCCCAUGAUACUCCAAAACUUGCUGGGCUUCUUGAGAACUUCAUCAAGAAAUAUGUUCAGUGCUAUGGGUGUGGGAACCCUGAGACAGAGAUAGUUAUUACCAAGACUCAGAUGAUCACCCUCAAAUGUGCUGCCUGUGGUUAUCUCUCUGAUGUUGACAUGAGGGAUAAACUAACAACCUUCAUACUUAAGAAUCCCCCUGAAUCAAAGAAAGGAUCCAAGGAUAAGAAAGCAAUGAGGAGGGCAGAGAAGGAGCGCCUCAAGGAGGGUGAAGCUGCAGAUGAGGAGCAGAAGAAACUUAAGAAAGAUGUGAAGAAGAAGGUAGCCCCGAAAGAUGUAGCUUCCAAGGGAGUCUCAAUCAAGAAGAAGACCAGUACAUCUGAUGAGGAUCGAUCUUCACCGACUCGCAGCCAACCUGAUGAGAAUGGAGCUUCCAAUGAUGAGGAUGAUGAGGACGAUGUGCAGUGGCAGACUGACACUUCUCUUGAGGCGGCUCGUCAGCGUAUCCAAGAGCAAUUGAGUUCAGUGACAGCUGAGAUGGUUAUGCUCUCAACAACUGAGGAGAACCCAAUAGCAAAAAAAACAGAAGUUGCUAGUAAGAAUGGCACGCCAGAAUCAGAAGCAAAAGCUGGGCACAAAGGAAAUGAGAAUGGGACAACUGUUGGGAGUACCCAAGAGACGCUUGUUGAGGAGAUCAGAGUGAGUCUGAAGAAAGGAUGCACUGUGAGCCAGCUGCAGUCCAUAUUAGGAUCCCUGUCUGGCACGCCCCAAGAGGUCAUGAAUGCUCUGUUUGAGGCCCUGUUUGAAGGAGUUGGGAAGGGAUUUGGCAAAGAGGUGGCCAAGAAGAAGAUUUACCUUGCUGCUGCCACAGGUGAAGGAUCACAAAUGUUUCUGCUGGGUGCAAUUGAGGAUUUCUGUCGAAAGUCUAGCCCUGAAGUUGUGAAGGAGGUGGCCUUGGCUCUCAAGGCACUAUAUGACAGCGAUGUUCUGGAGGAAGAAACUAUAGUGCAGUGGUAUCAGGAAGGCUUGGCCGGAGGCAGUACGAAGUCACAAAUCUGGAAGAAUGUGAAGCCUUUCAUCGAGUGGCUCCAGAGCGCAGAAUCCGAGUCAGAGGAGGAAUGAUUUGAGAGACCGGAAUCCCCCCCUUUCUAUUAGCUUGUUUGCC